AUGUCCAAGGAGACCGUCUUUCCUGCGGAUGGGCUGGCAGGGCCGGAGAAGGGCCCCCAGCAAGAGAAAAGUCCCCUUCUGUCAGCGACUCAAGGUAAGAAUAGUCCAGACAACUAGCAACUAAAAACAGAGGCUGUGAAAGCUCAACUGAGUGGUCAAAGUUGGGCAUUUGGCACUUUGGAGGUCUAAUAUUUCAUAAACAGGUUAAAUCAUGCUGUAAAUAACCUCUUAUCUUACAAUAUAAUCCUACUCUGAGAUGAAAUUCUUGUUAAAAACAUCUCAAAUUGAGGACGCAGACUUUCAAACCUGCAGAAAUCUCUGGAAGGUGUUGCUUUUGUGCACAGGAAGCUCUUUCAUAUGAAUGUUUAUGGAGUGCCUGGGUAAUUAAACACAGCUAUAUAUAUAUCCCUGACAUAAACCAUCAAGAAGUCAUGCUGUCUGUACAGUCAAACAAGAAAGCAAACAAGAGAAAAACCACCUAAAGAAGACUAAUCUGUGAAUGUGUAACAGAUUACUGCUUAAUCAGUCUGAGUGGACAAUAUCAGCCGUGUCUUUUUAAAUUACAUUCAUGUGACUUUUUAGUGUACAUCAAUAUCUGUGUGCUCCAGUGUUAAGCCUCGAUAAUAUUUUUUUUGCUUUUUUCCCUCAAUAAAGUCUGAAGAAACGCCCUGGUGACUAUUAACAGCAACCACAGCCAAUUAUAGUUUUUAAUUAACUUUCUAGUUGCCCCAAAGAUUAUCACAUGUAAAAUAAGCUUACCCCCACACCCCCUUUUCAUUUUUCUUCAAACAAGCAAUGAACCGUUAACCAGCCUAUUUAUACCAAGCAUCAUUAUGGCACUGUCAAAAAAUAGCAAAGUAGGACAAAGUAAGCAAUCACUGGGGCUGCUGGAUUGCGAAUGGAUUUUCGCCGGACCCUUCAAAGGCGCUCGCAGUGAAGACUGGAUUUCCCCUCUCAAGGGACUAUAGAUGUACUGAGAAUAGAGCAAUUUAAUUCUAACUGUGAUCACUAAAUACUGCGAUGCAUCACAGUGCAAGUGCCGCUACCAUAGAUCAGCUCCAAACCGAGAUAUGUGCCACAUCUAUCUGGGGCUGCUGGCCUGUGCCUGUUGGUCCCACUCCCCCAUCCAUCACUGCUUACAAACAGAGAGUGUUGUAGUGUUGGAACAAAUACAUCAAGUUUUGAUCAGCAUGAUGCUGAAUCAUUCUUCAACAGUUUUUUGUGAGAAUUUCAGCAGCAGAGCUAAAAAAAACCAAAAACAGUAUGUUACUCCAGAACUUGUAGGCUAAAAGCGAGCUUCUGGCACCAGACCAGUGAAUAAAGUCAUUGCGGAAGGUUUAUGUACUGAACAGAGUGGCUGUGUGCGUCAAGCAAAGCGUCAGAGUGUCUUGAAGUCAAAAAGCCAAAAGUCACGGCUUUAGGAGAUGAGUGGAGCUGUCUCUCAUGCUUUUGCAAGCUGAGGUAUCAAGCCUCAAGUAUUUUUGCCUGCAUACUUUUUCCAAUUUAGAUGAAUGCAGCCUUUAUGGCAGUAAAAAAGGCAGCUUGGCAGGUAGAGCACACCCGGGAACAGAAGGAGAGAAAAUGAGAUCCAGAGGUCUGGCAAGGCCUCUACCUGAACCGCCCCACUAUGUUGUGCAACCAUUUGCCAGCGGCCUGUGUUUUUUCUGGCAGAGAUAGGCAAAGCGGCCUCUGCACCUUUUGCUCUUCCAGCUGUCUCUGAUAUUUUGUCCACUGCGACUGACCCCGCUUUGAAAGUUUACAUCUGUUUUUGGAGGAACGUCCGUAAUGCACGCUAAUUCAGAACAGUCUAGCUCGUAAUGGGAUAACAUUAAAGUAAACAACCGGAGCGCUCGUCUGUUUUAACUAUGCACCAUAAUAUUUUGUUGCUUAACUUUGUGUGCAACAACUUUUCCUCUUCUAACCAUGUUUUAACUUUGAAUGCUUGUGACCCUAGAUGCCUGCGACAGUGAAUCAUCAGGGCGAACACAGUCUCCCAGGAAACCAGCCAGUGAAGGACAAAGUCACAUGACUGAGGAGAAGCCUAAUUAUUGCGAGCCUGUCAGAAGUAAGUUUUAACGACCUGGGAAAGCUGGAGGCGGACAGCAGGGUAUCAUGGUGUUAUUUUUAAUGAUAAACAACAAUGAGGCGUUUAAUUGGUGAGUGAAAAUGAUUAACAUAUUUUGCCUGCUAGGUCAGAUGGUUGAGCUUAACGGCAGUAGGUGUUUAGAGAUGUUUUAUGUAACAUUUAAAUGCUGCAAAUUUUUUGUUUUUUAUGAACAGACUCCAGGAAUAGUCGAUUUUGAGACAGUUGCACACGCACAAGGCAUGGUCCGUUAGCCAAAAUAAACAUUAGCCCCGGUUUUACAAACUGAAAUAAUAUUAAGAUAGCACUGAAGCCUUUUGACAAGUGAGAUGUAGCAUGCGUGCUCUUUCAUUCAGCCAUAAUGACCAGGACUUGGCUCAUUUCUUCAUUUUUUUGUUUCUCCUUCCAGCCCUCGGGGCUCUGUUUGGGAAGUGGGAAAUCCUCUUUGUGGUUCUGGCAUCGACUGUUUUUGAGGCACUGAUUACUCCGUAGCCACAAUGUUUUUACACUGUACCAAACAUUUACCUAUUGGAAACGAUUUGUGGCAGCUGCUGGAGGCAUUUGACCCUUUUUUUUGGAGUUACUCUAAGCCAACAGAUAAAGGUGACACAGCUGGGAUUUAUUGCUCCUUCAUAAAUCCGAAGUUUUAAGAUAGUCUUCCAGUUUGAUUGUAAAAGUGUUGAAAACUGCUCUGCCGCCCUGAAACCACCACAUUGUAUUAUGCAAAUGUCCUGACACAGAGAGAUGUUGCUAAACAAUUAUUUGCCAUUGAUGUGCUUGAGUUAUAAGCAGGUCUUAUUAAGUGUCGAUGCACUUUUAUUCAGAAGAGUGACCUGAUACUCAGCUACGGAUUGCAGGUCACAAAAGGAAAUGGGCUAAAAGCUUUUGUGUGUUUUAUUGUUCUUAAGAAGAGUGAGACGUGUCAGGCAAAGGCUAAUAGCAGCUGAUUGCUUCCAUCCAUGCAAGUGCCAAGCUAUAAUAAGAAAUGUGUUUUUGCGUUUGCCACAACAGUUCUUUUGUCUCUAGGUUGUUAACUUUUCCAGGGCGCUUUUUUUCCUGUCUCUUUUUGUAUUAAGCUUAAUGACUUGCCGGUGGCUUGUUUACUGAAUCAGGAGGAAAAAGAGAUUCAGUUGCAAAAAAAAAAAAAGAUUUUCUGUCAAGAGGUCUUUCUAGCUUGGCAGGUGUGUGGAGUAUUGCACUUCUGGGGGGGGAGGCAUGCUUUUCUUUCAUCUCAGCAGAUAAGCCCCUGUGACAACAGUUUUGCGUUGUAAUUGAUGUCACCCCCCCCUCAGCAUCCACACAUACACGCUUUCUCUCUCUCAUACACACACAAACUGUCUGCUGAGGGAAUUGUAGAGGGAGGAAGAUGCGCCACUUCUCUUCAGAGAGAGUAACAAGAACAGAAAACAGUCACGAAGAACAAAGAGGCAGCUACAAAUUUGUGCUAUGAUAACCUUUUGUGAGAGUUAAACACCAGAGUUUCUUCGGGCUCCAGCCUCUUGAGCCUCUUUGUGUCACAGCCUCUCUGGAAUUUUGUUUGUUGAGUUGACCAAUCAGAUUACUCGGUGGUAUGGGUAAUUGAGAGCCCUACUCAGUGGAGAAACAGGAAAUCAAUAAGAAAUCAUCUGCCUGCCUACAUCCUGGCCCUGGCCUUGGUCGCCCCCUCCCCAUCCCUCGCUGUUGUCCCAUUUAAAGCCUGUGUACAGUAUAUGCAGGACCACUUUUCACAACAAAAGGAAGCCUAUUGUGAUGUUGGAAUAACAGCACCGAUCCUAUUUCAGUUAGGAUCACGUUGUUUUGACAAGUUGUCUUUUAAAGCAGAGGAUGCUCUGAAAACAGGAAAGUAAACACUCCUUAUUGGAUUAAAGCUGUUCCGUUCGGAGCACAGCGUGCAUACCUCUCAAAAACGAAGUUACAAAACCCCUGAAAUCACCGCUACAAAGUCUAUAAAUUUCCACUGUUAGAAAAUGUGGCAGUUCCAAGGAAUUUCAAACCGCUGCAGCUUGCUAGACAGAAAAAAUGUACAAUCCUGCCCUUCCUGUAGGGCUCUCAUCAGAGACAGUUCCUCUGUGGCUCUGCCAUCCUGGGGGAGGAGGGAGAAUCUUGUGGGGGAGACGGACAUUCCUCAGGAGACUGUUCAGGGUUUUCAAGCAGCUGAUAUCUCCUGCAAACAGGACCUUGGCUCUCCCACCCUUGCUUCAGAAUAAAUUGCCACCACCCAGCACCAGUUUUGGGGGGUUUAAUCGUCACAUUAUUCACCAGAUUGUCAAAUACUUAUUUUAAAGCUCCUGUGGUUGAUAAAGCUGACCUUACUAGCUCCUGAAAAUGGUGUGUUUUUUUUUUUAUCUCAGUAAAACUCUGUAGUGAGGAAGGAAGGUCAAAUAACACGACUCUUUUUAAAGGAAGACAUUAGUGUGGCCUUUGUGUGAAUCCCUGAUUGGGCGCUUUAGUGGCACACCUCCAAGGUUAGUACCUGUGUGCAGGAUUGACCUUUUGGAAGUGAAUUUGUGACCCCUAAUAAAUGCAGUAAAAAGGGAUUGUUUGAAUGGUCACACUUGUACUUCUCUUGCAAGAAAAAGAUUCCUUGACAGUGCAACAAUUAAAAUUUACACUCCAAACUAUAAAGCCUUAUGAUACUAGACGGUUUGAGAAGUUAUACGAGGAUGAAACAAAGGGCAAGUGCCUCCUCAUCAUCAUUUUCAUUAUCAGUGCUGAAAUAUUUUGCAGGCUGAGUGUUGAAUCAACAUUCCUGGACCAUCAGGCGUUGCCUCAUGUAUAUUCCAAAGUUGCUGAAGUACUCGUCACUCUCAUUACUUUUUAACCUCAUGCCAGUGUUCUUUUCCCCCUCUCCUAUAGGAACUGCACAGUGAUUGUUGUUAUGCAAGAUUCAUAUCUUCAUUGUAAUCCUCAGAGCCCUGUCUCUGCAGAAAUUAUGUGUCUAAAGCAAAGACCUAUUAUAAACUGAACCGUAAUUUUCAAGUGAUUACUUACCAGUGGGUCAUGGAAUCAAAAACUGUAUAAAUAGGGUGAAAUGCUAGUGUAGGGGUUGAUUAAAAUGGCCAUUGUAAUUCUACCUCUGUUGUAAUUAUUUUCUCAUUGUCUUGCUGCAGAUAGAUUUCAUAUGGGAAAUUUCAAGUGUGUUAAUUAGCAUAUUUUACCCGAAGUGCCCAAGCCUAUUCACUCUUAAUUUUUUUAAAAGAUAUUCAAAAUACUUGAGCCAAAUGAUUAGAUAUGCAUACCUCGAUUCAUGGACUGCAGCCUUUUAAGUGCUUAUGCAAGAUACCAGGCAACAUAUAUGAACUCUGAUUGUAGAGGAAGAGUGUUUUUCUUUCUUCACUGCAGAGCUUUCGGUUAUGAAGAGUAAUCUUUCCAAGUUGUCUUAACACCACUUGACCUUCAUUUUUUAAAUGGUUCUUGUGCAUCAGAUAUCUGCAGCAGUUGAGGAAAAGUUGAAGUAUUUUACUUUUUUUUUUAACAGCGGCAAAACUGAGGUAUAAAAGCAGAAAAGAAAGGAGUCCUGCACUCACAUUUUUGCAACACUGAGAACAAAUGAAUGUUACUAUGAGGCAAGUGUGCAACUUUAACCUCUUCCUAUUGUGUCUGAGUUCAGUCUACAGACAUGCACCAGGCAAAACAUUUGAUAAAACCCAUUCGUUCUUUACUCAGUUGUCAGUCAGACUACCCUGCCAGCCAUCAAUCAAAAUCAGAGAGGAGGAAACCACGCCCCUGCACAUGGAGUGAGUUGCUGGUGCUGCGGUGUUGUGCCAGGAAACGCGUGCCCACCGAGAAUUACUCUCAGGAUAUUACUCAUCACUUUUUAGCCCCACAAAUAAGAAUUGCACGGGUUUUAAAUUGUACAUUUCUGUGGACCACUCUACUAUAAACUGUGCGCAUUUUGCGAGGUGCAUGCAAUUCUCGACGGGCAUGCGUUUCUCGGCACAACACUGGUAACAACAACAAUGAUUGCAAAACGAGCAACGAACAAGAGAAAACCACUGAAAAUUAAGACUUGAAGCCAAAAAGAAAAGGAAAGUCAGUUAUCUGGAAUUAUUUCGGUUACAUGUGUUCGGUUACAUGCAUUUCAUCUGUUGCCACAAUAAUGUCCCAGCACAAUAAAAGCAAGCUUAAAAGAUCUCUAAUACAGACAGAAGCCAUUCUGCUAACAUUCACAAAAAGAGUUAAGAUCAGUGCAGGUUAACUGUCCUCAAGACUUCAGCAGUGUAGCAUAGCAUAAAGUGCUAUUCAGGUCAUCUGGUGAAAAUUCUUGUAUUUUUUAAUAUCGCAAUAUGUAUCGCAGGGUUGAAAAAAAUUGCAAUGUUAGUUUUUUCAAUAUCGUGCAGCCCAAGUAUACAGGCUUUUAAACUAAUGGGGUUCAUAAAUAAACAGAAAUGUAGUGAGAAUAUGAAGCGAAACAAGUGCCUCGAACUGAGCUUAAGCCCAGCAUUUGGAGUCUAAGUAGCUUUAUACAACAUUAUAAACAAUUUUAAAUGUAAUUUAGCCAACCCUUUUUUGUCCCUAACCAGCCUCGUUCGCUUUGAUCAAGGUGGUCAGCUCAGCUCUUGUUUACUGCCCUUCUACCAAUUGCCACACAAGACGGCGUCAGUCCUAUCACAAGCCACUCACAGAGAGGGGAGAAAAAAAAAAAUCAGCCAGUUCAAAUGAGAGCAGCACAGGGGGGAUUACUUGGCCUCUAACAGGGUUUUGGCUCCAACAUUAAGGUUAAAACCCUUUUCUAUUACCGAGAUCUCUGCUGAUGUUGCCCCCACCAGCCCUGAACCCCUCAAGCUUCCAGCUUCUUGCCCCCUUCGUGUUUGCAGGUUCAAUGCCUCUCUGCUAGGUCAUUCUGUCAGGCCCCUCCUGAUCAGCAGAGGGUGACCAGGGACCACGGGUUGGCUCCCGUCCAGACUCACAGACAGUAACAGCCAACACAGGCCCUGGCAAGUGCAAUACACCCCCCCUCUAUGUCUACUCCCCCACUCUCUCCUCUCUUUCAGGAAGGAGCCAAAAUCGAUACAGGCGUCUCCGUGUUUAAAAAGCCACUCAGAGGCAGACGAGCACCUCUGUCCCAAAGGCUGAUCUCUCAGCUUAAGGCCUUGAUUGGCAUCCCGAAGAUGCGAGGCGCUGACCCACAGCUGUCCCAUUAGCAGAGGGUUAAUGCUGAGAUUGAUACUGAGCAAAUAAAGGAACUAGAUGUGGGGGUAUUUUGAUAGACUGCCUAUCCCCUCUCUGACCCGGAGACAGACCUCAGCUUUAUUUUGGCUUUUAGGGAGUGGUAGAUCCUCAUCUCAGACUCCAACAGGGGAUCUGCUGCACGCUGUAUUUGGAGUGCGGUUGUCUCAGUUUUUUGCAUGCGUGUGCCCUUGUGUAUAUGUGUACAAGCAAGAAUGUGCGCAUGUGCGUGUCUGCGCGCCUGCCGUUGAAUUUCAAACGAGCGAGUUUCCUGUGGAACUUCUACUUCAGCGAGGAGAUUUUGAAGCUGGUGGAAUAUUUGAGUCAUCGAUGUAACUGAAACUGAAAAUACCCCCGUUCCCCUCCUUCCCUCCCCACCCGCCCCGCUCGCUCCCGCUCUGUUGCUCUGGUUUUGUUUUGAGUUGUCAGCGAAGGAGAGGGUGGAGCACGUUUUUGGAGUAUGGAGCCUGGCAGCUCCCUCAGGCCUGCUCUGAGUCACGUCAUAAUUGAUCUUUCUAGAAAUUGCGGUAGCUAGCCGUGUAAAGCCUAAAUCCGUGCAAGAUGUGCAGCUUUUUAAAGAUACUGCACUCGGCUGUCUUUUCUUUUUCCUGCACUCCUCUUCUCCUCUUCUUGGCUGGUGAGAAACAGAUGAGGGAGAAGAAAAGGCGUUUGACAAAGCUUAAUGCAGAAACACUCUUGUACAAAUUCAUCUCUGGAAUGAGGGAAAGGAGAGAAAAAGGCCCCAUUUAGUGUCUCGAACAGCAGCCAGGUUGUGAGGCUUUGAACGCUCCUUGAUGUCCUGCGUUCUGCUACAUUAGCAGCACUCAAAAUUAGCACCCUGCCAAAUUCCACACAACAGUGGAGAGACCAGAGCCCUGCAGUGGUCAGAGCUCGGGGGUGAGGCGGGGUGGGGAAAGUGUGCAUGACUCCCCCUCAAUGUGAUUCAUGUAAGAGAAAAUGGCAUCUCAUUGGGAGUUUCAGUGAUUUAGAUAGCAGUCAGACAUAUUAAUCUGGGAAAAUGUUCCGUUUUGAAAUCAAAGGAUAAUUGAUGACCCCCUUCCCUCCCACCACCAGAUACCCAUCACGCACACACACACACCUUAACCAGCCCGGUGCAAUGAGUAUGCUGAGAGGUUCGUCAAAUCACGCUCUUGUCUUUCAAGUUGCCUUUUCUACUGUAAAAUGUAAUUAAGCAGAACAAGGUCCGAAGGGGUUAUUUUUUCCACUCAAUCAGCAGCAAAAUUUGAAAUUAGCAAGUCCCUAACGCCCUGCUUCUCUCUUUGUUGCAUAAAGGCGGCUGCGGAGAGGAGGGGCUGAAAAAGAAGGGGGGCUAGGAAAUAAUGUUAAGCUCUGUCUUCACGUGUCACUUUCCUUUCAGCAGGUUGGAGGAGCAAAAUUUAAAUGACUGUCGCUAAGAAUUAAAAACAGGGUGGGAAAUAAGCGCGUCGCCACCGAAACGGAGUUGAGCAACGUAGAGCCACUGUCCUGAGAUGAGGCUCGAAAAAAAAAAAAAAAAAACAGGUGAAAUGUGAUGUUUCAUGCUUAAAUGAGAUGCUACACAAUAUGAUCGGGCUUGACAGGUGACGAGAGCUAAUAGAGUUCUGUAGCAGGUUAACAAACGCACACACACACACACACAGAGCUUGUCACUUCUGCUGAUGAGGAUCCAAUAUCAGAGCAGGUAAUUUAGAAAUCCUCAGCGGUCAUCACCACCCGCUCCUUCCCCAUCAUCAUCAUUUUAUCUUGGAUAAAUACAAAACAUCACGCGUGUGUGGAUAAACUGACAACACCGUGAAGGCUGCGUGACGCCCGGCUUCGCGUUUUUUUCGAAAUAUCUGUUGAAACAAGUGACAUUUCUGUUAGCCUUUGUCAGGUCGCUGUCCUCUCUGCAAACGCAAGCGUCAACGGGCUAAUUUUCAAACCAAAUGCUCGGCCUUGGUCGCCACUUGCCGGUUGACAUCGCCAAUUUGCUCUCAUUUCACACCGCUGAUAUCUGCAUUAUAUUGAUGCUAAUCACAGUUCUGGGUUUUGUUGUGCGGGGGACACUUGAAUAAUGAUCUUGGAGUCGCUUGUCUGGUCUUCCGAAUGCGUUUUUUCCAGACAAUAAAGAAAGUCCUUGUCCCGUAGUUUGGAAGGUCAAACGGUAAACGAGGCUUUGAUACGCCCAAGGAAAAUUUCAAUCAGAGCUCUUUGUAAUAACAUUCAUUGUACUAUUUUCCCCACUCUCACUGUGUGUCUCUCACUCUCUCCAUGCAGUAUAAUUCCCCUGGUUUUGCGUCUAUAAAUAUGGCCAGGGAAGAUGUAUAAUUUCUAAUGAGAAAAUAUAUCCCUUUGGAUUGAAAGGCAGGGGCUGCUCCACGUGCCGCUGUUUGUUGGGAGGAGAGAUGAUACCUCAGGCUGUUUUGGCAGGAUGGAGGAGGAGGGGGAUGCGGUGCUGGUGCUGGUGGUGUGUGGUAAGAGGAGUCUGGCUAGGUCAUUGCACAUUUACAAAUUAGCAUUUCAAUCAUGCAGGUACAUGGGCAGCCAAGCAGAAAAUAUACAUGUUUUUUUUUUUAAUAGAAAGCAUAAAAAGAUAAACAAACGGCAGGCUGUAUUAGCAAAAUUAGCAUCUCAGAGCUAGCUGUGACUGUGUACACUCGCAAGUUGCUGUUUUAAAACUCCUAAAGAAAAUAAAGGCGACUCUUCCAGCCUCGUACUCUAUCCGGCGUUAACUGACAAACUCGCAGCGUUGUGUAAUAACGGCCAUUACCAGAUAAAUACAAGAUCUGGAUUGUGGUGUUUAUUUGGCUGACAUGAUGUGACAUUUGAAUAACUGUAUGCUCGCGAUGAUGGGCAUUCUAAUAAGCCUAGGCAAACACCUUUUCGUCUCUCCUCUCCCUCUCCCUCUCUGUCUCUGGGGCAUUAAUAUUAAAAAGGACUGAGCUUUAGAAACACAGAGCUCGUGCCGUUGUUCAAUCCUCUCCCUGACUUACCUGCGACUCUCGGCGUAGCUGUGUGUGCAAAUGAGAAUCUGUGUGCUGCCCUGUUUGACCUCUGCGUUAUAUUUUCAUGUUCUUGACUAUUUUAGACUUCUUGUUUAUACAGCUCUGUUAUAGUUGACAUGCAUGCAUGCAUAUUUCCUCUCGGUAGGUCUGCCUCUAAGUGUGCAUCUGUGCUUGUGUGUGUGUGUGUGUGUGUGUGUGUGUAGGCUUGUGACAUAUGUAUAUACUCCUCUUUUUUCUUGUGUCUUUUGGGUACAAUUUCCAGCUCCCUCCUGUAGGACCUAUUUUCUGUGACAAAAACGGAGGUGUUUAUAUACUCGGUUUUACAUACAGAGCGAUCCUCCGCACAGCUCUGGCGCAGCUCCAUCGCUCUCCAGGCGCUGCGGUGCUCGGUCCCUGUGUGGCACAGCCGCUGAAGACUCAGUGACAAAUGGCAAUUAUAUUUGUGUGUUCUUCAUGAAUCCAUCAAACACUGGCCUUUUAAAAAUGCUCCCCAGAUAUUUGAGGCUGUCAGCUACUAGUAGCUGGGACCAAAUUGGGAUGCUGCUUAGACAGUCAAGAACCACUCACCCCCUAGUUUCCCCUGUGAUGUGUGUGACAGCGUGUGUAGGGGAGUACCAUGUUUUAUUCAACUGCAAAUGUACACUCUCAACAGUUGUUGAUGUACUCCAAAUAGGGAGGUUACAAGUCCAAUUGAAGUGUGUGUGUGCAUGUGUGUGUCCAGUUUUUCCCUUCAAAGACAUGGCAUUUAAAUGCAACCUGUCAGGUCGUGUGUAUUCGGUUAUCUCAGGACACACACCCGUCUCUGUACAACUGGUAUUAUUUUUUAAAAACUCGCUGUUAGUUGUAAAUAUAAAAAUUUAAUGCAGGUUACGUUUCCAUUUGUGUGAUAGAAACAACGCUGCGGCUUUAUUUCAGUGUUUUACCGUCAAGACUUUUCUAGGAGGCUUAGUUCUCUGGCAUUUUUUCAGCCGUGUCCUUAAAUGCAACAACAAACUUUACAUUCACUGAGUUCGUCGUCGCCGUUUCACCUUCAAAUAAUGAUGUCGAGUGUCAUAUUAACUAAUAGGAAGAGCUUAUAAAACUAAAAAAAUUCUUAAAAUAUCCAAAUUACGGAAAAUUACAUCUGUUAUGAAGUUAAAAGCAACAUUUCUCAGUGGCUGUUCAAGUAUUUCAAAGCAGAUUCAUUUGAGGUUGUUUGUAGUCACAGGACUCAUUCAUUUUCCUCCACAAUGAUCUGUUUCUUUCGCUGCAGUGUCUGUACAGUCGAAGUUUUAGAUUCCUCAUCUUGGCAGUGUAGCUCAAAUCCAGCAGGACUUACAGUAUUUCUCCGCUCUCUCAUUAUGUCUUCAUUUGUCUCAGAGCGACUGUACAAGUCUGUCAUUGCCAUCUUUGACAGUAUCAUCAUUAUCAUGAUCAAUGAUUAUGAAUAUCACUCCAUCGUGUCCAUUCGUCUUUGUCGGCAUAUUCAUCAGGAUAAAAAUAAAGUACGAGACUCUGAAGACUCUCCAAGAACCUGCUGCUGGAGCACACUUCUCCCUCACAGACUUGAACCACUUUUUGGGGUUUGCAGUGUGUCAGAAACCCGAGUCGCCGUUUAUGUUCUCUUGGUUUUACGUGGUGGUUUCUUAAUGACUAUUUAUACUUUUCUAAAUUGAAAGCUUGACUUCCUCAAAAGGAAAGGUAAUUAUGCCUCCCUGUCUGCUUUGGCCUAUUUGUGCAUGAAUGUGUGUUUAUGUGUGUGUGUAUAAGAGCUAAGCUUGUGUGGCCAGGCUGUCUAACCCAAAUGGGAAAAACGAGUGUGUUAUUACACCAGAUGCUCCGGGUGAUUGAUUUGUUGAGGAACUGUGAUUUUUCUUGACAGGAGUUUGCUGUACUGUGUUGACUGUGAAGUGUGAAGCUGUGAGUUUUGUCUGUGUGAGUGAGAGUGAGUCUAGACAUGUAAAUCAUUUGUUUUUGAUAAAGGUCGGGGCCUUUGAAAGUCAGCCUGGCCUUUUGUUGCUCACUUGUCAAAAUAUGUAGCAGCACUCAAUUUUAAGAGAAAGUGAAAAAUCAACAGAUUUAAGACUCUGAGAAUCUUAAAUACAUUAAAAACAAAACUCACGUUGUCUUAAAUAAUCUUGAGAUAGGUCACAGAGGUGAUAAGGGUCAGACAUGUCCUCUUUGUACAUACACUACACUUUUACAAACAUGUGCGACCCCCGACUUUAUCAUCUUUUCUUCUUGCUACAACGACUUAAAUUUCUGAGAAGAUUCAAGAUGAGCCAAAGUGUGAAUCUAUUGGGUAAUAUUCAGGAAGUUGAGCAGGUUGGAAGGUGAGCUUGUCCAGGUAAUUAUAAAACAGGUGUGUCUGGUGUAGGGCCAGACGAUAAACCGAAAAUUUACCGAUAGCAAAAUUUACGACAAUAACCAAUGUCAUUUUUCCCAUGUCAAUAUAUUUGGUGUCAAAAAAAUAAAUAAAAAGUUGGUUUUGGAUGUGUGUAGGUAGGCUAUGGUCUCAUGUCCCUUUAAGACGCUGUCCUACGUCAGAGACGUGACUCCACCCCAUCCAGUCUUUAUCAAAGAGGGAAAGACAGGUGAGGAGAUGGAGGACGGUUCAAAAGUUGUAGCGGCUGGAGCGGCGGCUGAAGUAGACAAAGUUAAUGUGGGAGGGGGUGAGCAGCUUGUGGAGUAGAUAUUGUCCAUUUAUCAUUAUUGAGGUGAACAGCUCAGUAUAUUGUGAUAUUGAUUAGAGGCCAUAUCGCCCAGCCCUAGUCUGGUGUUAUUUUUGUGCACAUAGAAAGCACAGCUGCCACUUUAGUAUCUCAAAUUUUGCCAAGCACGCCAGCAUUGUGCAGGAAAUGAAGCCCAACUGAAAAACCUUUGACUGACCCAGGCUUGAAAUAACUCAUGAGUGCAAAUAUGAAAAACACUUACAUGGUCUUUUUUAUUACAACAAGAGAUGUGAAGAUGUUAAAAAUGAUCUCUAAAGUUUGAUAAUGUUUAAAAGUAGACACCCUCCUGGUCAUGUGAUUUCAUCCUCAGUGUUGCCAUGUUGCUGUACUCCAGUAUGUAUUCCCAGCAAACACACAAGGGGAAAUGCAAGGUGGAUAUAUUAAAAAUGAUUGAAAAUUGUAACAAAACUGCAGCUGUCAGGGGUAAAACUGAACAACAAUGGAUGAAGCCUGUUUUGAAUCUUCUUGUUAGCCAGCUUUAGUCCCUCCCCACAUUGUCAUGGGCAGCCUGCGAAGCUUUUGUCUUUUGGAGAAGGAAAUCCAUCAACCUGGUCUUAAAUCACUGCAUAAUGAAUUCUUGCGUGCGCUACCCAGUUGUCUAAUUCAAAUUGCAUGAAAUCCUGAUCCCCCAAAGUCUAUAUUUGUUUAUCCAAGCUGCAUGCAGGAGCCUGAAUGAGGAGAAGGCAAAACCCAGCGUGCGUAUUUAAUUGCUUUGUUUUACAUCCACAUUCACGUCCGGCCUCUCCCAGGGUGAUGUGUUGUUAAAAAGGCGCAGGGCCCUGAUUCCCACACUCUCGCCCUUCUCUUGUUAACCAUAAUUGCACUUGUUGGUGAGCCGGCUGGAGAGAAAAGAAAAAAGAAGACGAUGCACUUCUUUAUUAAGUUAGCAUUUUGCUGAUUUCUGGUCAGUCGUCGCUCACCCUUAAAGUCAGGCAACUGUUGAAGAAGGCAGAAUCUGGUGGAGAAGAUGCCACAUAUUUAAUGUAUAUACAGGAAGUGUAGAAAAGGAAAGAAGAGUAAGUACGGUUCACACAGACAGACUUGAAAAAAGAUGAAUAAUUCACAAACUCUCAAGUUCACCGUGCACUGUUGCUGCGCGCACACGCACGGCGGCUCUGAUGUGGAGCGAAGGUAAUGCAGGAGUAACUCCCAGCAGAGCUGAAUGUGCAGGUGUUCCUCUCAGGAAAAUGCCACCUCCUUUAGUCACUCACAUCCUUCGCCUUCUUUCUUAUCAGACAGGUCGCUGUCUCCUGACUUUCCGAGGCUGUCACACAUCCGCUUAGAAAGACUAGUCGAGGCCAUCUCUGAGCUUUUCAGAGGAAAGGAGAUCAUUACCGUCGCAGACAGCAGCUAUUUUGUAUAUGCACAGUAUCACAGGCUCUCUUUCUCUUUCUAGCGCAUUAAUCUCUCUUUCCCCCCGCUCGCACACUGUCUCAACUCACCUGGGUGCUGCUCCCACAAAUGUCUGCCUGCCUGAAGCGCUGGCUUUUGUGAACCUGUCACAUAUGAGGCUCCUAUAUCUCUCACUUCUUUCUGUCAUGCCGGGUUGAAAUGUUUGCCAUAUGAUCGAUAUUAUCAUGUUAGGGAAGGGUGGCAAGAUUUGCUGAGACUGAUUUCGCUGAGAGGGCUGGCGUGUCGAGUUUGUAGGAACUGAACUACACAAGCUUGGAGGACUUAAUGUGUCAGUAAAAAGUAUUAAGUGGGUGCAGACAAAGUUUUUUCAAUUAAAAAGAAGUUGCAGGGUUAUCAAAAAUGUUCUCUCACAAAAGUUAUGCUGUUAAAACAAACAAAUAUGCUCAACUUGAGUUGUGUUCAACAUAAAAAUCUUAAGGUUUGUUUCAGCUUUAUGAAGUUUUCUUUUCAUAAGACUCUGAGCUUACAGAUUUUCCGGGAGAGUAAAUGGAUAAAAGUGAAAUACUGCAGGGAAACUUCUUAAAUACUGAUUUAAUUGUGCUAAAUCUACACACCCAACCCUUCACUGUACAUGAGUAAAAAUGUAAUCUCUCAUGUCUCCCUCCAGCUCAGCCUCAGUCUGAGGCUCAGCAUGUGCCCUCAGAGUCUGCCGGGGGAGACGCUGCCAACGACCAAAAUGGCUUUCUCCAUAACGGCACGCAUGUGCUAAGUGAUGCCAAUGGAAUCCACUCUGGGAUCAGCGGAGCCGGAGCCACGCGCACAUGCUCCUGCGGCGCCAACAUCAGCAAGGGUGCCACCGGGUCAAGACCACAGGCGGCUGCGACGGCGGCGACGGAGCAGCCCAGGAAGCAGCCAUUAACACCUGUGUCCACGAGGAUGCAGAGGAAACUGAGGUCCAGUUUGUCGGUGAACAGCGACAGCAGCCGUCGCAGCAAAGGCAGCUCAACGGGGUCACAGAAGCAGCCUCUACCAGAAGGUCAGUAUCAGCCUGUAAGGUAUAGUCUACGAAUGCACCAACAUAAACACACAAGACUGAACUCCUCUACUAACUUUCUAACGCUAGUUUGCUUGCAUGCUUCUUUGUCUGCUUCAUGUGGCUUGUUGCUUGUGAAAUCAUCUGAUCGGCUGCUUGAUCAAAGCCGCUAACCGUGUUUGUGAUGAUCUGAAGUUUGCAUGAUUGAAUGCGGUUUUUCAGAGUGAAUCAGCGCUCCAAAACACUGAGGUGUAAACCACUGAAGCAUGUGAAUGUGGUCUGUUUUAAAUCAAAAUAUUUCUCUUUUAAGUCUUUUAUUUUUUAAAGAUAUAAAAAGGUUUAAGGUAUAAAAAUAAUAAUUUGAAUAAUCGUUUAAAGCUGGUCAAUGUGCCGUUUCAGUCAAACAGCACACAAUCACAACAUCACUAUCAGAGAGAUGGGCUCUUUGUCAGGGCCCUGCUGAAAUAGAGGCUCUUCAGAUAUUGAUAAUACAUUCCUCCAUUCUCUCACCUUUUAAUGAUGGGAGUGGAUGACCCCUCAUAUUUAUCACUCCCGUCGACCAAAUGACAUCUUACUCCGCUCCUGUGGCGUUUAUUUUCCUUAACAACAAGUCAGAGGGUGCUUUUGCCAUGCGGGGAAGCCGUCACUUUGUCAGGUGCAAGGCCUAGGUGAGUCCGGUAAUGAAGGCGGUUGGCUGGUCCUCUUCCAUCGGGGAGAUAGGUGUGACCGUCUAACGAGGCCUGAGAGCACAGGGUGCCUAUUAAAAGUCGUGACCAGCCGUCUUCAGGCCUCUCUCGGCCCCUCACACCUCUCUGGGCCCUUUCUGGCGCUCUCUACAUCCCGUCAGCACCACCUCUGGCCCUUAUUAACGAGGUCCCGUUGCAUCCCUCCUCAUGCUAUGUACAUGGGCGGGUAAUGUGGGUGUUUGUGGAUGUAUGUGUGUUGCGUUGCAUGGACAGUAGGAAGGUUAAAGCAUGUUUCUUUUAAGUAAAUGAGCAAAUCCUUGUAUUUCAUUCAACCAAAAGGCUUUGCUGUUUUCUGCGUUUGUGUGGGCUUAUACUCCAGAGUAAAGGUGGAAAACAGACCGUGUUAUUUGUUAUUAAAUGAUGUACAGCGGUCGGGUUAAGAUAUGAGCUUAAAUGAAGCAGAAAAAUGGGCAGUCUGAUCUUUGUUUCAUGAUUCUUGACUUUAAAUAUGCAUCAGAUGGAGGCGCAGGCAAACAAAACAGCAUGCACACAAGCACAACACCUCCCGAGGAAAGGUGGAAUACAUCCAUAAGAGAUAUUCCAGACACGUCAUGUUUUCAACAUCUUAAUUGCUGAAGAGCACAAGAGAGAGAGAGAGAGAGAGAGAGAGAGAGGGUGUAAAAGGAAAAUAAAAACAGCAGCUCAACAAGUCUGUCUCAUUAUGGCUUUUUGUGUUGCUUAUUUGCAGAUGCGAGAGCUCUUAGAAUCAAUAUGUUGGCUCUCAACUAUUUAUUUCCCCCCGGAAAACAGCCAAGCUGUGGCGUUUGAAUGUUUACACGGAUUAACAUAAUCUGUUUGCCUGUGAAAUUAGCCUCCUAAACAGGCCCCUGAACACAGGAAAUAAAAGGCGUAAAGCUAGCUGGAGCUAGCUCUGGGGAUUCUGCAGCUCUCUGUGUUUCUUGGCACGCGCCGUUGGCAGUGGAGCCAAUCUGUGAUAACGCACCGCCACUUCUGAAGAGUCAUUUAGCCACAUUGUUUUUAUUCAGCGGGGCGGGUUGUCACAACUCUAGUCAUCCAGUUUGUGUUUUUGUUAAUUGUGUGUAAUCAGUUAAAGGCUUCAAGCUGCUUUAGCCUCAUUUAGAGGUUUAGGGCCAAAGCCGCGAGCAGGCUUUGCCUCAGAUUGAAACCUUGAUGUGUUUGUGAUGAGUAAGCGUUACUCUGGCUUUGACUUGACUCUCAGUCAUGUUUUCAAACAGGGCUUCUCAGAAGUGCACGCUGUGGCCGGCCUCCUCGGUCCUCCUUACCCAUGUGUGCCUUCUGUGCAGUCCCAUGGUCACCAAGCCUUCCUCCUGAUCAAUCUCUCUCUCUGUAUCUCUGACCGUCCAGCCAUCUUGCCCUCUCUCUCCCUCUUUGUGAGUUUGAAUGUUUUGCACAGCUUGCCGCUCUGAGGCCCAUCCAGCUUGUUUUGUGUCAUGCCGCUCCCUUUUUUUUGAUGUUAGCUUUCCAGAUGUCUCAAACUAUUUCCUCUGAGGCGCCGGACGCUGUUUUUUUGGCCUUGCAAACUGUGGGCUUCAUCGCCGCGCGCUGACAUUAAACAGGAGCAGUGUCAGUGUGUGCUGUUCUGUCUGUCUGUUGGUUGGUUUCACUCUGCGUCUCAGUCUGCCUUUCUGUCUGUCUCUCUGUUUUCAUGGAGAUGUGCCCUGCGUCCAGCUCUCUCUUGUGUACAGUAUACGACCCCCUCUCUUUCCCCUCCUCCUCCUCGCUGGUUUCUCAAAGAUCCAGACUAAUCGCUGGUGUUGAAUUAUACAUCCAAGUGAAUCGCUGAGAUGGCCGGCCGCUGCUUAAUGCCUGUGUACUGUGUUUAUAUCGCAUUCGCAGUCUGCUGUUACAUUGUGAACGCUGGCAUGGCUAUACCCUCUGGGUCUUUCAAACUUUGUUAGGAUGAACUUUGAGGUUUGGUGUAUGAAGCUGUGGCCUGGCUGCAUUUAUUGUGUAUCAGCUUUUAGAGCUCUCAGAUGGGCAGAACAAGACACUGGAUGCAAGCUAAAAUAGACGAUUUGGCCCAAAAACGUUGACAUUGUGUUUUGGUUUUUUUUCUAAACUAGACUAAAGCUAUAGUUUAUAAUCAUAAAAAGUUAUAUGUUGAUGAAAGUUCAAGAAGCCUUCUGAAAUUGAUUGAAGCCUAAAUGGUUCAAAAAGCAAAGAAUUUUUUAUUACAGAAUAAUCAAAUAAGAUGGCCUGCUGGCAGAGUUGCAGCCUAUAUGAGCUGAAGUUGUUAAAGACUCCAAGUGUUUAAGGUUCAAAAGUUGAAAUCAGUAACUACUACAUGCUCUUCUGCAGGUCCAUUCAUUGUCACUUAAGUCCACUGAAUUGCAGUCAUGUCUUUAGUUUUGUGUCAUCAUUUGUGCUCUGUGGAUGCAGAUGUAAUAGAUCCUGAUUAGACGGUUGGGAAACAGUACACAUUAGUGAUCCAGUGGGUCACAGUUUCAUCAUUCCCUGCACCUGUGAUCCUCAGAUUGAUGGACGAUGUAUCAUCAAUGCUCACAACAACUUGCGACUAGCUUUAACUGUCUCUUUAGACGCUCUCUUCUGCUCCACAAUGCUUAAUACAAGCAUGAGAAAGUCGCUUGUCCGUGUUAUAGCUCUGCUUCUGCAUGCCUUGCGUAUGGGUGAGGGGAGAUGGCUGCUAGUCUCACACAGAAACCUGAACCUAAACUAUGACAACCUGUGAGCUGAACCCCACCAUAACAUUUGUAAUCCGCUAGCAUACAGACAGCAUAGAUAGAUAGAUAGAUAGAUAGAUAGAAAGAGUUGUCAUUCAGCAGCAAUUUCAGAUGAAGAAAGACAAUGAAUAGAGCCCACGACAAAACCCCCCACAUAUUUCAAUCAACAAGGCUCAUUAUAAAAACGAAUAGCAGCAGGAAUGAAUGAUCUCCUAAAGCGCUCCUUCCUACACCGUAAGGAGAGGAGACGCUCCGAUCUGUUGCUCCAAUGAGCAGACAGAGAUGGAAAAUGACCUGCAAGAACUCCUUGUUGAUUGAGGGUGCUAUUUUCCUCUCUACCUCCCUUGUUUCAUGUCGUUUUUAAGUUGCGUAAUAGAGGUGUGUAGACAUGGCAGCAGCAGGUGAAGAUUUGGUAGUUGAGGAUGCACCAUGAUGUUUCCCGCACAUAGGUGAUACCAUGUCCACAUUUUUUUGCAUUUUUGGUUUAGAGUGCUUGACAGAAACCAGCAAAAAAGUCCAUUACUCCAAAAAAAUUUCAUUUCUCUGCCCUUGGUGCCUUCAAACAAUGGUAUUAGUUUUAUUUAGCCAAAGUAAGGUGUACCCAUAAGUUGGCUGACAGCAUCCUCCCGCACUGUCCACUAAAGGUGUUAAAUACUGAAGGACCUCUUCUCAUGCAUCUUCCAUCACUGCUAGUGUUAUGGCUUCAGAUAAGGAUAAUAAGAUGCAUUCAAACUUCAGGCACACUCACUCACCCACACACACACCGAUAUACACACACUUGCUCGUUUCAUGUUCCCUUCUCUAUCUUGUUUGUAUCACACUCAGUUACUGCUCCUGGUCAGCUCUGCAGCCCCUGAGCACCGCGAAAAUAGGAAGAAAAAAAAAAAAAAAAAAAUCCCCCUUUGAUUAAUCAAACAUGAGCAUCCAGCGGUCCACAGCUUGCCUUCCCAUGCUCGUCCUCCACACUCUCCUCCUUUUACGUUCCCUCUAACCCAAUCAGUAACAGCCGCUUCUGACAGCUCAAGAUGGGCUGAUGAAAGUUAUGCAAAUGCGCCCUGUUUGUAAUGCUAUUUUUCUGCAUACAUCCACAUCAUGUCUUUUUAACACUCCAAAGCAGUGGCGCUGUGCUGGCCUUGGUUCAAAAAGGAGACAGCUGCGAGGAGCGUGUGCCAGGCGCACUUACCCAAUGAUAUUUAAUUUGAUUUACUGACUCAGAAACAACUCCAGAAGUUUGAGCGUGGAGCCGCAUGACUGAUGACUACAUUAAUCGUGUACAUUUAUCUGUUGUUAGCGCAGCGCUGUAUCCCUGGGCUACGCAUAAACAAGCUCGGCUCUGCAUUUCACCCUCGUAAUGUGCAAACAACUUUAGGCUGUCAUGCUUUCUUUGCCUCCUUUAAUUUACAGUUUUAUUCCAAAUGCAAAAUGAUUACAAUAAGUUUCACCGCCGCAUUAUCCAAAGAUUGUCACGCCAUGAUUUUCCUGCAUGUGUGCAUGACAUUACCAACAAACUUUGUGAAAGUUUGGAAGUAAAAAUUUCAUAUACUUGCUCAUCGACACCUUUUAACCCAACUUAUCCAUCCUUUCCGAACCAGAUCCCUGCUGGCUAACAGGACAUUUUCACAUUAUAAAGGGAACUCUUUAAUUGUAGUGAAACAACAAGCUAAAGCAUGCGACCAGCUUCUUAAAGAUGUUCAGUGAGGAGGUUAAAUGUUAAUCAGAGGUACGAGCAUUGCCCGCAUUAAUCCACCUAUUUAUUGCCGGAGACACUUGGACUUAGCUAAUCACCUUUGUGUGAUCAACCUUGCAGUUUGCAUGAUAAUGGCACAAUUAUUUAACACGCUGUUAAUCAAAACUGCGGGAGGGGAAUUGAUUUCUUUGGAUUCUCUUUAUUUCCUCAUCCCCCCUGCUUAGUUAGCCCUGACCCUUUCUUUUACCCUUUCCUUCUAUCAGCCACGCACUAACUCCGCUUGUGUUUCUUCAGUAACAAUCGCUUGUUUGAGGGGAAACCUAACGCACACUUUGAUUUGUUUGUAUUGUUCGAGUUUUGGUUUCUUUUAUUCACAUAUUGACUUUACUUUGCCACCCCACCCCUCCCUGGCUGGUCUGACGCUCACCCAGACUGCUGCGUCCACUGCAUCUUGGCUUGCCUGUUCUGCGAGUUCCUGACGCUCUGCAACAUGGUGGUGGCCCAGGCCUCUUGCGGCGCCUGCACGUCCGAGGCAUGCUGCUGCUGCUGCUGCGCGGACGACCUGGGCGACGACUGCAACUGCCCGUGUGACAUGGACUGUGGCAUCAUGGACGCCUGCUGCGAGUCCUCGGAUUGCCUGGAAAUCUGUAUGGAGUGCUGCGGCAUCUGCUUCCCCACAUAA